UAUCUGUGACUUCAUGUGACAGACACCUGCGAAAAAAAUGAUAAAAACAAUAACCGACCUCGACGAUUAACGCGAACAAUAUAAUUAUUUGUUUUCAGUGUAGCAGACCAGUCAAAAUUUUCUCGUGAUCAAUACCAGAUAAAUCAUGGCCUUAUUAACCAGCCCGAUUACAUUAUUUACCGCUGCAAAAUGUUUUGCAAAAAGCCGUAUUGGUUUGACAGGGUCGGUGCGUAAUUUAAUGUCAAAACAAUUGGUUUACGGUGAAUUUGGGGAUCCUCUACAUGUUGUGAAGAUGAGGGAAGUUGAAGUACCAGAAGUAGGCAACCAGGAAGUACUGGUCCGCAUGCUGGCUGCACCGGUUAACCCGGCUGAUAUAAACACUAUUCAGGGAAAGUAUCCGGUCAAAGUGACACUGCCUUGUAUACCAGGUAAUGAAGGUGUAGGAGUUGUAGAAAAGGUUGGAGAAGAAGUGAGUGAUAUAAGUCCAGGGAAUAAAGUUAUUGUCACAAAACCAGUACAAGGAACAUGGAGGAACAUCGCCGUAUUCGACAAAACUGUGCUGAGACUUAUCCCAGACAGUGUAGGAUUGGUAGAAGCAGCAACACUCACUGUCAAUCCUUGCACUGCCUAUCGAAUGCUUAGUGAUUUUAAGCCAGUAAAAGAGAAGGGUUUAGUUGUCAUACAGAAUGGUGCAAACAGUGCAUGCGGUCAAAAUGUUAUACAAAUCUGCAAAGCAUGGGGUGUGAAGAAUGUUAACGUUGUGCGCAAUAGGCCUGAUAUUGAUGAAUUAAAGAGUUAUCUAAAAUCAUUAGGAGCCACUUAUGUCCUCACAGAAGAAGAACUGCGCUCCACUCCAAUUUUCAAAGAUAAAAAAGUAGAAAAACCAUCACUAGCCAUAAAUUGUGUUGGAGGAAAGAGUUCAUUGGAAAUGUUGAGACACUUGCAGCAUUCUGGGUGCAUGGUCACCUACGGGGGGAUGUCUAGAGAGCCAGUGACUAUACCAACAUCUGCAUUUAUAUUUAAAAAUUUAGCUUUUUAUGGAUUCUGGAUGACUGUAUGGAAUGAAAGAGCCAGUCCUGAUGCUAAAGAAGCCAUGAUGUCAGAAUUAAUUACAAUGAUAACAGAGAAUAAACUAAAAGCACCUGUACACAAGAUGGUGAAAUUUGAUAAUUUUCAAGAUGCCAUAGGCAAUGCCCUAUCAGCCAAAGGAUUUCAGGGUUGUAAAUAUCUUCUAGAUUUUAAUAAUUAGUUAUAUUGUGGGUAAAUUAUUAUUAUCAGAUGAUUCUUGUCACUAAAAUGUUAUGUUGGAUGGUUGAGCGUAAUAAAUAGUUAAACUAUU